AUGUCUUAUACAAGAAAAAGAACAUCACGUUUAAAACAACGUUUAUUACAUUCACAUCGCCGACAGUCAACUUUACAUACUAUAAUUGAUGUUUUCAAUUAUGUCGGUACUAAUAUUUCGCCACCUGUAUCAUCCUUAUCAUCAUCUACUACAAACGAUAUUUCAUCUUCAUGUUUUUUAUUACUUCCAUCAACACCACAAGUUCAAGCAAAUGAUGCACCACACAAAAGCUGCUAUUCUUUAUCAGGGUAUGUGGGUGUCGGGUGUGGGUUUCAGUCUUCUCUUCACCCACACCCACGCCCACACU